CAUCACCCAUUCAGCUUCUUCAUCAGGGGGAAAAAAAAACCUGAAGCUCAAGACCAAAAAUGGGUCGAAUCCCAAACCCUGCCUACCUCCUCCUAGUGAUUUCCAUCCUCCUCUUCUCCCCAACCUCAAACUCUGAAGAACAAGAAGGCGUCAAGAAAUCCCUAAUCCGUUUCGUGCAAAAGCUGUCAGGAGGAAACAAAGCCAUCAGCAAGCGGUGGAACAUGACCUCCGACGCGUGCGAAUGGGUCGGGGUCACGUGCGACCCCGAAACCGGGCUCGUAUGGACCGUCGUCCUGGAAGGGCUGAACCUCAGUGGAACGCUGGACGCAGCCUCGGCCUGCAAGGCCGAGUCGCUUCUCGUCCUGAAGCUGAAGAACAACAACCUGACAGGCUCCAUACCUAGUGGGAUCGGAAACUGCCACAGUCUCAUAAUGUUGGACCUGAGCGGGAACCGGUUCACUGGUUCGGUUCCCGAUACGGUUGCAAACAUGACUACUCUAUUGCAGCUCGAAAUCUCUGACAAUCGGUUGACAGGGGAGGUUCCUGACCUGAGCAGGCUGAUGCUUCUCCGAAACUUUCUUGCUCAGGAAAAUCGGCUCCACGGGUCGGUGCCGGUAAUGAAUUUUGACAGUCUGCAGGGUUUCAAUGUGUCGGACAACAGGUUUCAGGGCAGGAUUCCUGAUGGGGCGGGGAAGUUUGGAGCUGACAGCUUUUUGGGGAAUCCUGAAUUGUGCGGAGCUCCCCUGCGUGAUGCUUGCUCCGACGACGCGGGCGAGCCGGCGGCGGCGGUGGCGCGGCCUGCUGGUCCGAUUGAUCCGCCGACGGUGGAUGUAAGCGGAGGGGUUGAAGUUCAAGGAAAUGGGAUACUGAUGCUAUUGCUUUGGUGUUGUUUUUUCCCUUCUUGUUUAGCUGGGUUUUGUUUCUUUGUUGGGAUGUGAUUGGAUCACAUGUGGGUUUGGAGUUGUUUUUUAUGCUUGAUUGUCCUCUUCUAUCUUCCCUUUGGAAUGAAUAUGCAUAGUUAAAACCGAGGGGGGAUCCAUUUGCGAUGCAAGAAGCCAAUCAUAUUAUAAAAUGGUUGUAUUAGGAAUAUACACAUUAGUCACGUUUUAAUGAAGUUGAAGUUGAGAUUCUAACGUUAGUGUUUGAUUGUUUGUUACUUGCAUCUUUGUGUUGAGGACAAAACUUUAUUGUAAUUGUAGGAUAGUCUUUAAAUAUUUGGAAUCAAAUACGUGGGGAGAUGUGUUAAGAAUAAGACAUGAAAAUUAGUAUAAUUUUUUAUUUAUUUUGAGAUGCGAGUUGGAGAGAUAGGUAUGAAAGAUGAAGAGCAUAUAUAAUGGAUAAAAAAAAAUGUGGGUCGUUUGGAUGAGUCUUUUGGAUGAGACAAUUUGACACAAUUGACUCAAAAUGAGACAAUUGUAUCAAAUUGAUUCGUUUGGCUGCAUAAAAUUAAAACGAAAUAAUUUGGAUUAGGUCAAUUACAAUUGUUUCAUUAUGGGUCAAUUGAAUUCCACAUCUGACCUUUUCUUUUCCCCGCUCUCUCUCUAUCUCUCUGCACAGACAAACCCGCUCUCUCUUUCUCUCUUAUCUUUACUUUCUCUGGUAGAAUAUCUGCCCUUCCUUUUCUUCUCUUUCUUGCCUCUGUAUGGCGAAUGAUCUGCCGAUCUUCGAUGGCGGAUAAACGGAAGAAAAAUCAAGCUUUGGAUGGUCGCCGGCGGACAACGGGAGGAACGAGAAGCUCUUUGGAGAAGGUAAGGUGAUUAAUCGAGUUCUCAAUCUUCAUCUUUUGUCCACUCUUUCUGUUUUAGAUUAGAAAUUUCCCUUUCUCUAAAAAAUCAAAUUCUUGGAGGUUGGAUUUUUCUUCCUCUGCCGCUUCUUUCUUAAUCUGGCUAUGAGAAAGUAAACUUUGCGGCAAGGACAAUGACGAAGAAGAAGAAGAAGAAGAAGAAGAAGAAGAAGAGCUCAAGGGUUUUUUGUUUAUGGAUUUUUUUUGUGAGUCAUCGCCAAACAGUUACCCAACAAGUUCUUGAUGUGUGGAUCACGCAUGUAAGGUGUUUGAUAAAGUGGGUUAGUGAAAGGUUUUAGUGUGAGGGCCUUGAAAUUGAAACCCAUAUUUAGCUUUCACAAAUCAUUUUCUUUUCUGAUUGUGGAUUAUGCAAAAGUGUAUUUUAAUUUUCAUACAAAUCUUAUUUGAUAGAAUGGGUCAAUGUAUUGUUUGAUGUAUGGACUAUGGAUUAUGAAUAUAGAUCUCCAAUUAGA